AUGAAUUCACGGCAGCCUCAUUUCAAUAAUUUUUAUGACGAUCGGGUGGGGGCUCAUCGCCACGUUCAGUCUCAAGAGCGCAUCUUGGAUCGCUUCAACGAGCCAACCAUUAUCAUAACUGCGGUUGUGCUCUUGGUCGCAUGCGUGGCCAAGGCCUACAAUUUAGAGCUGUCUCUAGACGUCAUUUUUUACACUACAACAACAUAUUUGUGGGACUUUGUCGUUUUUAUUGUACCAACUCCAUUAAUCGUUGUACUCGACAACUGGCUGAACCCGAGUUCAAUGUCAGAAUCGCCGCCAGGUACACAUGCCGCCAAAAGUGAGGUCAUGAGGAGGGUUAUGGGUCUGGACCGCUCAGGCGGCAUGAUGGAAUCAGUCUUUCAAGCUAGAAGCAGGGCCUUGUCUGUCACAGGUUGUGUUCUGGGCUUGAAGUUGGAUUCUGAGCGGCCGGCUGGUUUGGGUAACCGCGAUAAUUCUUGUUAUCAAAACAGCAUCCUGCAGGGGCUCGCGUCGCUUCCCUCGUUCCCUGAGUAUCUGUCAACGUGCGUACGAGCUAUUGACACGCAUCGACCGACCAACGACGUAGCCCAUACGCUGCGGUCCCUUAUUGCCGAUUUAAACGACACAUCAAAUAAUGGAAGAACGAUAUGGACUCCUAGUUUACUCAAAUCUAUGAGUACCUGGACUCAGCAAGAUGCUCAGGAAUACUUUUCGAAAGUCCUCGAUGACAUUGACAAAAGCGUGGCCAGAGCCGUCAAAUCCAUGCGCCGAUAUUCAGGGCUAGAAGCGGACUGCAACAAGGACGACUCUUCCACAAGCGGGCACAGUGAUGACAGCGGAUACCAAAGCCUUGCUUCGAGUUCGGAUUUGGCGGCAAAGAAGACGUUGCGAAACCCACUAGAGGGGCUAUUAGCACAGCGUGUGGCCUGCGUUCAAUGCGGUCAUUCCGAGGGCUUGUCCAUGAUUCCAUUCAACUGUCUGACCCUCAGCCUGGGCGUGGAUAAAAAUCAACAUGACCUCUAUGAGAGACUUGAUUCAUAUAGCAAAGUCGAGGCGAUUGAGGGAGUCGAAUGCCCCAAGUGUACCCUGCUUAAAGCGCAGAGGCUCCUUAGUAAACUGAUUGAGAAACUGAAGGAAAAUGGUUCCACUUCGGAGCAAAUGGAGGAGCCUCUUCGCAGGCUCGAGGCAGUUGAGCUAGCUCUAGAGGAAGAUGAUUUCGACGAUAAGACGGUUACCGAAAAGUGCAAAAUUUCGGCCCAGGGAAAAGUCACCACGACCAAGACGAAGCAAAUAGUCAUUGCGCGUCCGCCGCAAAGCCUAGCAAUUCAUGUCAACCGAUCCGUGUUUGAUCCACGAACGUUUGACAUGAUCAAAAACUCAGCACCCGUUUCCUUUCCAAUGACGCUGGAUUUAGGACCGUGGUGCUUGGGUAGCGCAGAAGAUGUCGAGGAAAAGCUAGCCAGUCAUGACGAAUCCAGCGAGGAACAGUGGUUGUUGGACCCCAAAUCAUCCAUGAUCGCUGGAGAUUUGAGCCCGUCCAGGUUGACGGGACCCAUAUACGAAUUGCGAGCUGCGGUGACGCAUUACGGACGUCAUGAGAACGGCCACUAUAUCUGUUAUAGAAAGUAUCCUGAUUCGGGGCUCUCCCAAGACAAAGACUCGUCCUCCGCUGAUGUUCACGACACUCAUGACCGGGAUAAAGCGGCUGGCGAUGCUGAUCAAAAGAAGGGCUCGACACCACCUCAUCGACAUAAUUCGGGCUGGUGGCGGCUGAGCGACCAUAAUGUGAGCAAAGUCGACGAAGACGUCAUCAUGUCCCUGUCGCCGGGUGUCUUUAUGUUAUUUUAUGAAUGCGUGGAUCCUAGUAUGAUUCUGCAAAGCGAAACGGACAAAACGGAGGACGCUCAGGGAGUCUCAACACCAAUCUCGGAGUCUCUCGAGACGGCGAACAGAGCUGAUAUUGAGAAUCAUAAAAGCAUCAGCGAAGCGCAAGUACUGCCUGUUAUUGAAGAAAGUGUUGUUGAAGAAAGAGCAGCUUCAGAACUGCGCUUUAUCCCGAGCCCAGCAAGCGGUACAUUAACGCCGGAGACUAUCAACACUAGCGCGGACACGAUGGAUGAACCGACGAUGACUGAGUCUAUAAGAUCAGGCAUGUCUAACUAG